AUGGCGCCUCAAAUGUCUCAAAAGGAGGCCGACAUCGCCAUGAUGCUCGCCGCCGGGUGCCACCUCGGCACGAAGAACGUCGACUUCCAAAUGGAGCGCUACGUGUGGAAGCGCCGCGCCGAUGGGAUCCACAUCAUCAACUUGGGGAAGACGUGGGAUAAGCUCAUGCUCGCCGCUCGCGUGAUCGUUGCGGUGGAAAACCCGCAGGACGUCAUCGCCCAGGCCGCGCGCCCGUACGGUCAGCGCGCGGUGCUCAAAUUCGCCCAAUACACCGGUGCGAAGGCUCUCGCGGGUCGUCACACCCCGGGGACGUACACGAACCAAAAGGACGCCGUGUUCGCGGAGCCGCGCGUUUUGGUCGUCACUGAUCCGCGCACGGACGCGCAGCCGAUUUCGGAGACGGCGUUCGUGAACAUUCCCACGAUCGCGUUCUGCGACACGGACUCUCCGUUGAAGAACGUCGACAUCGCGAUCCCGGCGAACAACAAGGCCAAGCAAUCGAUCGGUUGCCUGUACUACCUGUUGGCGCGAAUGGUGCUUCAAAUGCGAGGCACGAUCUCGCCGGCGAACCCGUGGGACGUCAUGGUCGACUUGUUCUUCUACCGCGAUCCGGAGGAGCUCGAGGCGAAGGAGCAAGAAGAAGAAGAAACCGCCGCCGCUGCGGCUGCUCCGGCUGCGGACGCUGGAUACAACGCCGUGGCGGACGCCGCGUACGGCGCCGAGUCUUGGGACGACCAAGCCGGCGCUGGCUUCGGUGCGCAGGCGGGCAACUGGUCCGAGGCUCCGGCGCCGACCGGCUGGGACGCCCAGCAAGGCGGUGACUUUGGCCAAGGCUUCGGUGCCAUGCCGCCGCAAGGGUACUAA